AUGCCGGUCAGGGAUUACGGAGUUUGGAAAGCCCUUCCGGUCCAUUAUGAGUUUGAAGAUCGCUACGAAGACCCCGAGUCUCCCCAUCUCUCAUUAUACUACCAUGACAAUAAAGCAAACCCCCCUCAGUUCGACCCUGGCUAUCGACGCAACCACAGGGGUGGGCCCCGAGAUCCGAACAGACCAUCAGAGAUUCCUGGACUUUUCCGCGCAGCAAUCAACAUCAAAUCCAGAGAUGAAGAGACCAGGCUUGCCUAUUUUGUGAGGCAUGAUUUUGUCAACCACCCCAUUGCCGAGAAGCUCGCCAAACUCGAUUUUGGCUUCCACCCGAUGAGAAAAGUAGACGAGUUGGACGGUAAAGGCCUUGAUUACAUCCGGGGGGCUCUUUUCACGUCGCAAAAAGGCCGUGUUCUUCCCCACGACAUCCCUGGAGUCAACAAUGACCUCAUCGACGUCCUGGAGCCCGAAGUCAAGAAGGCCAUUCAGGCCCAAGCAACCAUCUUUGUGUUCGGCUCCAUGUUUAAAACAAGAAACGGCAUCCACAAUGUUCAUAUGAACCAGGGAAAUAUCUUGAACUUCAGGAAUGAUGAUGGGGUGUUCCAGGACGGGGGUCUGCUCAUUCGGUACGACGAUCACUGGACAGGUGUUCUCCUUGCAUUCGCCUCACAAGCUGUCCACACCGAUGAUAAUGAUGGCCACGCAUUGGAACCAUUAGUGACAUGGACAGACGUGCUACCCGUCGAUCGCGUGGAAAAUUCGGUAACGAUCACGGAAGCACUGGUCAACCCACAGGGCGCAGACGAUCGAGCGGCACGGACCAAAGAGUCCAUCACGCUGGGGAAUCUCACCAGUCACGAAGUAUCCUUGGAAUCAUGGAGCUUCCACAACUCGGCGGGCCAGACCCAAGACCUGCCGCGAAACGCGGUCUUGGCUCCUUGGGCCAUGCGGAAGUUCGAGGUACCCAACUGCCCUCUUUCCAACAGCGGUGACACCAUCACUCUACUCAAUGAAAAAGGCCUGAGGGUCGACGGUGUGAGCUAUGGGCGGCGGCAGGGGCAGCAAGAGGGCCGCCCCAUUGUAUUUGCUCAUUGA